AUGUCUUCCCUCUGCGGCGGCGAUUCCCACCCUUCCUCCACCUUCAAGCCAUUUUUAAACAAUCAUAAUUAUCAAAACGCGGCCUCCAUGCAGGGCCACGGCAUAGAGGAGCCGGAGAUGGAAGACGCCCACCACCGACAACUGUACGAUGACCAGUCAGCGGCGGCGAAGACUCUGAAGAGGCCGAGGCUUGUUUGGACUCCGCAACUCCAUAAGCGUUUUGUGGAUGUUGUGGCGCACUUGGGAUUGAAGAAUGCGGUGCCGAAGACAAUUAUGCUGGAUGUUGAGGGACUGAUCGAGUCUCUGUGGCUAAAUGGGCAGAAACUUGGUGUUAUACAAAAUAUGACAUUUUUGAAGGAGGUUUGGCUUCAUGGUAAUGGAUUUUCUGGUCCAUUGCCUGAUUUUUCGGGCUUGAAGAAUAUGGAGAGCUUGAGGGACAAUUCAUUUACAGGGCCUGUUCCCUUGUCUUUGGGAAGAGAUCCUCAACCAGGCGACGACUCCAUCCCUGAUCCUUACCCACAACUCAGGUUCUCCUCACCCAUUACAGAUUUCGAAAUUAUUUCUUUGUCUGAAUUAAAUGGAUGUAAAAUUCAUUUUGGGUUAGCUGCUUUGCAAUUGGAACAAGGAAUGGGUUUAAAAUCUUCAAUUGUAAUACUGGAAGUCUCCUUUAUGGACGAGGAUGCGGGAGUUCAUACAUUAUCAAAUGUGUGCCAUGUGGAUGUCGAGAGAAUAAGCAAAAGAAAACCUGGUGAAGUGGUCCCGGUCCCGGACGCAUUUUAUGGAGGCUACGGAGUCGUAGAGGGUGCGACGCUGCUGGAAGAAGAGGUGGCGUUGGCAGCUACGGAGGAGGAGGAGGAAAUGCAUGAAUAA